GUGUAUACGAAAAUAAUGGGCCUUUCAUUGAGUAUCGAACGUUUUUUUGAUGAUAAUGAUUUUGGAAUCAUCAAAAUUAUUUCGCCGAAUCAGCUGAUAUUGAUAUUUACCAUUGUUUCGUUAAUCCUUUGGUACAUUCUUAAAGUUUUUAUCAAACUCGCUUGCAUUUUAAUUGCCGUUAUAUUGGGAUUGGCAUUAUUUCCUUUUAUUUAUUUCAUCUAUAUCAAUCAUCCAAAUAAUACCGACGAAUUAACAUCACUAAAAAUGACUAGCCAGGAUUCUAACCAAUUUGUCAAUCUACCACAGUCGAUUGCUAAACUACAAGAAGAAUUGAAAAAUAAUCCAUUGGAUCCUAAUUCGUUUGCACGUGCUGAUCAAGCUAAAGUUGAACAUUUACAGCUGGAUUUGACCAUCGAUUUUGAAAAUCAUAUUAUCGAUGGUAAUGUGGUUUUUUCUGCUCGAAAAAUUGCAUCAAAAGCUCAGUAUCUUCAAUUGGAUACGAUCGAUUUGACCAUUUUUGGUGUAUAUCAAUUAAUCAAUGGUUCUAAAGAAACAAUUCCAUUUAAACUUUAUCCACCUGUGCCUCAAUUCGGUUCAAAACUUGAAAUCGAUAUCCAUGCUAUUGAUUCGGAAAAAUUUCAAAUUCAAAUCGAUUAUCGAACCAAUUCUACAUCACGAGCUUUAAUGUGGAUGAAACCCGAACAAACGAAAGGCAAACGACAUCCUUUCAUGUAUUCACAAUGUCAAGCGAUCAAUGCACGAUCAUUAUUGCCUUGCCAGGAUACACCGUCAGUGAAAGCAACUUAUUCUGCAGAGAUUCGGGCACCAAAAGAGCUUCAAGUUUUAAUGAGUGCUCAGAUUACCGAGGAUCCUAAAACAAUUGAUGAUAAUUUUCGGAAACAUUUUUUCAAUCAAAAAGUUCCCAUUGCUUCAUAUUUGAUUGCCAUCGCUGCUGGUGAUCUUGUAUCGAAAAAAAUUGGACGAAUUUCUCAUGUUUGGGCUGAACCGGGAACAAUUGAAUCGGCUGCUUGGGAAUUUGCCGAAAUCGAUAAACUACUGGAUGCAGCUGAACAUUUUGCUGGUGAAUAUGUUUGGGGCGUAUAUGAUGUUCUUGUAUUGCCGCCAUCGUUUCCAUAUGGAGGAAUGGAAAAUCCAUGUCUAACAUUUGCUACACCCACAUUAUUGGCAGGUGAUCGAUCAUUAGUAUAUGUGAUUGCACACGAAAUUUCACAUAGCUGGACAGGAAAUCUUGUAACUAAUGCUAAUUAUGAACAUUUCUGGUUAAACGAAGGUUUCACUAGAUUUUUGGAAAACAAAAUUGGUGGCCGGCUGGAUAAACACGGUGAACAAUUUCGUCAAUUCACCGCAUUGGAAGGUUUGGAAGAUUUAAAAUCUGCCAUACAAUAUUAUGGAGAAUCAAGCCCAUAUACAAAACUAUUGAUCGAUAUUCAUGGCAUUAAUCCAGAUGAUGUUUUCAGUAGUGUUCCAUAUGAAAAAGGUCAUACAUUACUGUUUUAUUUGGAACAAAAACUAGGUGGUCCUCAAGUGUUUGAACCAUUCUUAAAGGCCUAUAUCGAUAAAUUUAAAUACCAAUCAAUUGUUACCGAUGAUUUUCGCCAAUUUCUUUACGAUUAUUUCAAAUCGGAUUCGAAAAAAAUUGAAACACUUGAAUCAAUCGACUGGAAUCGUUGGUUUCAUUCACCUGGUAUGCCGCCUAUUAUUCCUGAUUAUGAUAAAACACUUUUGAUGGCCUGUGUAAAUUUGGCAACUAAAUGGCUAAAAGCCGAUUUGAACGAAAUUGAUGCCAAUCACUUUCCAUUGGCUGAAUUUCAGCACCUACAUUCGAUACAGCAGAAAUUAUUUUUCGUUCAAAUUCAAAACCGUUUGAAUGAAUCAACAACAACAACAACAAUGUCGGAAAAAUUGUCCAAAAUGUCAGAAUUGUAUGAAUUAGCCACGAUGAACAAUUGUGAAGUCAAACAUAAAUGGAUCAUGUGUAGUAUAAAAGCACGAUACGAUGAUAUCAUUAUAGAAGCCAUUGAUUUCGUUACAAAAUAUGGCCGUAUGAAAUAUAUUGUUCCAUUAUAUCGAUCAUUAUAUCAAUGGGAAAAAACACGACAGCUAGCAUUGGAUACAUUCCAAAAGAAUCGUCCAAAUCUAAUGCGUGUAGCAAUCGAUGCUAUUGAAAAAGAUCUUUAUCCAUCUAUGAAAAAAUCAAAUCAGCUCUAAUGAAAAAAUAACCAAAAAAAACAAACAAAUGUU